GGCACUGGAGUCCGAAUUUGCAAAACUUUUUGGCUCCUCACAGAAAAGCUGCAAGCCAGAACAGCUACACGGAUAUCGCCACCGCAUUAAGGUUUAUAGUGUUAUGUUGGUAGUUGGGGACCUGUAGCGCUUUUAGACGGUUCGUUUUCGGUAAAUGAAGUCCCACCGAGCGUGGGACGGGACACACAGCCGCAGGAAGACUUUUAAAAACUUUCCCCCUCUCCACCCGGGCGGCUUGCAUUGAGAAAUUCAGAUUUGCUCAUUCACUGGGUUAACGGGAGAAAUGGGCACCCGGACUGGAGUCCGAAAACUUUCUGCAUUUCUCAUUGCACUGGUUCUGGGGUCUCAUCUGAUUACCGUGGUCGAGAGCUCCAAGGUGUGGGGUGAGGUACCAUUUCCUGAGGAUCUGGAGACGAUCGAAGUGCCGAGGGCUCAACGGUAUCUCGACGACGAUGAAGACUUUGCGGCAGAUGAAGCUUCCGGAGAUUAUAUCAGUGGAGAGGAGGAUGGAAGCACCCCUGACCCCACCAUGACGGUUUACUAUCGGGCGCUGGUGAACUUCACAGACUCGGUGAUCUACGGACCUGAACUUGACAACAUUGAAUCGUCAGCUUUCCUUGAAAUCUCGGCUGCUGUUAUUGAUACGCUGGAAUCGGAGUACCAAAGGAUACCAGGAUCACAGACCAUCAGUGUGGUGCUCAUCAAGAAAAUAGGUAAAGACGUGUUUGUGGAGCUGGACGUGGGCUCAGACGACAACCAGAAUGAGGGCGAGAUCCGAGCUGUGCUGUACAGCGUGGUUAAAGAAGGAACCAUCGGCUCCUACGUGACCUCCGCCGCCGGCUUCUCAUUCAGACACCUUGGAGAACUGAAGCCCAGUCAGCGUGAGUGUACAGACAAAGAAUUCACCUGCCAGAGCGGAGAGUGUAUACUUCUUGAAUUUUACUGUGACAAAAGAUCAGAUUGCAGUGACAACAGUGAUGAGCUUACAUGUCCCGCAGAAGCCACUCCUAUUCCUUCUAUUGCUUACCCCAAAACUACACCAGAGCCCACACGUCCUUCAGUCCCCGGGCCCUGCCGUGUCGAUCAGGCCAGAUGCCAGAGCGGAGAGUGCAUCUCUCGAGACUACCUGUGCGACGGCGGACGUGACUGCAGUGACGGCAGUGAUGAGUCCCAGUGUGGAACUUCCUCUCCAUGUGAGCCCAAUGAGUUUAGGUGCAAGAACGGGCACUGUGCUCUGAAGUUGUGGCGAUGUGAUGGAGACAACGAUUGCAAUGACAACUCAGAUGAGAUGGACUGUCCUGUUAAGAAGCCCGGGGAUGCAUGCGCUCCUCAUGAGUUUUUAUGUCAUCUCAAUCACACCUGCAUUCCUGCCAGCUACCAGUGUGACGAGGAGCCGGACUGUGAAGACACCUCCGACGAGUACAGAUGUGCUCCUCCCACUGUGAUCAUCCCUCCACAAGAAUCCAUCACAGCAUCACGGGGGCAGACGGUGACCUUCACGUGCACUGCUACUGGUGUGCCCGUUCCCAUGAUUACGUGGAGACUUAACUGGGGCCACAUUCCCACCAGUAACAGGUUUAACGAGACCAGUGAGAACGGGCGUGGAAUGCUGGUCAUCCGGGACGUGAAAGACAGUGAUCAGGGCGCGUACACGUGUGAAGCUAUCAAUGCUAAAGGCUUGGUGUUUGCUAUUCCUGAUGGAGUGCUAACCCUGUCACGUACACCAAGUGACUGUCCUGAUGGUCAGUUUAGAAUAAGUGGUCACUGUGUGUCCUGCUUCUGCGCUGGCAUCAGCAGGCACUGCCAGACCACCGGCCGUUACCGCAACCAAAUUUCAAUACGCUUCAAUGAGGAGGAAAACUUCAAAGGAGUAAAUGUGUCAUUCCCUUCUCGGCCAAGCUCUCCCCUUCCUCUCUCUUCCACUCAGCUGCUGAUUAGACCAGAGGAAGAGGAGUUCCAGCUGGUGGAUUUGUCCCGUCGUUUUCUGGACCUGGAAUCUUACUGGACUCUGCCUCAUCAGUUCCUGGGUAGCAAGGUGGACUCGUAUGGAGGAUACCUGAGGUAUAAGGUGAGCUACUCGCUGCAGAGAGAUGGUUUUGAGCCGCUGCAGAAACCUGACGUGAUACUUAAAGGCAACGGACGCAGACUGGUGUAUCAGCCCCGCUCUCCCACCUCGCCCAAUGUUAAAAACCAGAGAGAGAUCAAGUUCACAGAGGAACACUGGCAGCACUCGUCCGGGCAGCCAGUGACCCGCGAGGAUCUGUUGAUGACUUUGGCAAGCCUGGAAAGCAUCAGCAUCCGCACAAUCUACGACAACCGCAUGGCUAGUGUGGGUCUGAGUGACAUCGUCAUGGAUACCACGAGCAGAGAGUUCAGCCUGCAGGGCCUGGCUAAAGACGUGGAAGAAUGCAGCUGCCCACCUGGUUACUCAGGCCUCUCGUGUGAAUCCUGCUCCUUCGGGUUCGAGCGGGUACCCGGUGGUCGCUUCCUGGGCACCUGUGCUGGCUGUAACUGCCAUGGCCAUGCCAAUGCCUGCGACCCAGUCAGUGGGCAUUGCCUGAGCUGUCAGCACAACACGGAAGGGCCGCAGUGUAAUCAGUGCCGACCGGGCUAUUUCGGUGACCCCAGUCGUGGACGACCUGACGACUGUAAGCCCUGUCCCUGUCCCUACACAGAGUCUUCUCGCAGGUUUUCAAACACUUGUUUGCUGGAUGUGGACCUUCAGGCUACAUGUGACGCGUGCAAACCAGGCUACACGGGCCGGCGCUGUGAGAGGUGUGCAUCUGGGUUUACGGGUAAUCCACUGCAGCCCAGCGGCCAGUGUGUUCUGAUUUCGAGUGGAACAUGUGACAACCGUGGAACUAUCAACUCCAGCAGUAGGCCAUGCAGCUGCAAGGCCAAUGUGGCUGGAGCUUCGUGUGAUGAAUGUAAGCCCGGCUCCUUCCACCUUUCUGCUGAUAACCCAGAAGGAUGCAUGCAGUGUUUCUGCAUGGGCGUGACCAAGCAGUGUGCCAGCUCCACCUGGACCAGAGACCAGGUGCGAGGUGGCAUCAACGGCCAGCUCUUUUCUCUUUCUAACGGAGGAAACACACGCACCAUCACUGAUGGCAUUAGCCAGAGAGGUGGCGCCGAGGUGGUCUAUCGGUCCUUCGCUGACAUCCCGAAUGACAUUUACUACUGGGUGCUGCCUGAGAACUUCAGAGGAGACAAGGUGACAGCAUAUGGAGGAGAACUGCGCUACAAAAUACGUUACGAGCUUAGUCAUCGCUCACUGGUGAUCGACAGCCAGCCUGACGUUAUUCUCCAGGGCAACGGCAUCUUCCUGGAGCAUUACUCCCAGAACAAGCCUUUGCCUCAAGUGCCUGCCACUUUCACUGUAUCCUUCCGAGAGUCUGCAUGGAGACGAGCUGAUGGACAGCCGUGCACUAGAGAGCACCUGCUGAUGGCCCUCGCUGAUGUCGCCGUCUUUAUGAUCAGAGCCACUUAUGCAGACAACAUGGCUGAAAGCAGUCUGUCUGAUAUCCAGAUGGACAUCGCGUUGCCCCACUCUACAGGAAAUGAGAGAGCGCUUGAGGUGGAGGAGUGUGCCUGUCCUGUAGGUUACAGAGGACCUUCCUGUCAGGAGUGCGAUGUCGGAUACACUCGGACUGGAUCUGGGCUUUAUCUCGGCACCUGUGAGAGGUGUGAGUGCCAUGGACAUGCCAGUAGCUGUGAUCCAGAGACAGGCGCAUGUCUGCGAUGUCAGCAUAACACAGCCGGACCCCGAUGCGAAAGCUGUCUUCCUGGUUUCUAUGGUAGCCCAGCGACCGGUGGCUGCAGACCCUGCCCCUGCCUGGGCCCCACUGGCUUCAAUGAAGCUAAGUCCUGCUACUUGGACUCAGACGGUCAGCCCACUUGUUCUGACUGUCCACUUGGUUAUACCGGAAGACGGUGUGAGAGCUGUGCCCCAGGAUACACUGGCAACCCUGAAUAUGGACAGAGCUGCACUACAGGAGCAGGAAACUUGAUCUGUCAGAGUUGUGAUCAGAAAGGCAGUGAGGGUUGCAGUUCAAACGGAGCCUGUCGAUGCAAGACGAACGUGGAGGGUCCGUCGUGUUCCAGCUGUAAACCUGGUACGUUCUACCUCGGUGCUGCCAACAAAGACGGCUGCCUGGCUUGCUUCUGUAUGGGAGUCACUCAGCAGUGCUCCAGCUCCUCCUUGUACAGAGACGUGGUUUCCACUGUGUUUACACCUGGAAACACACAAGGCUUUGCUCUGGUGAACCGACAGCGCAGCAGUCGCAUCAACAGCGGCUUUUCAGUAGAGCUUUCAAUCGACGGAUCCCAGCUCUCAUACACAGCGUUCGACCAACAGAGCCACGAACCGCACUACUGGCAGCUACCCUCUGCUUACCAGGGCAACAAGGUUUCAGCUUAUGGCGGGAAGCUCAAGUAUACCAUCACGUACGUGCCUGGGCCGAGAGGCACCCCUAUUGAUGAUGUUGAUGUUCAGAUCUUGGGUAACGACAUCCUGCUAGUGGCUCGGCAGCCCUGGGAAAGGAGGCCGGGGACAAGAGAGACACGUAGCUUUGAGAUUAUCUUCAGAGAGGAGUUCUGGCAGCGUGCUGACGGCAUGCCAGCCACACGAGAACAUCUGCUGAUGUUAUUGGCUGACCUGGAUGACAUCCUGAUUCGAGCCACCUACUACACAGCCAUGCGCUCUUCCAGCAUCUCUGGAGUCAGCAUGGACAUUGCCGUGCCUAACUACACCGGCCUGGCCCCAGCACCGGAGGUGGAGCAGUGUAGCUGCCCACCUGGGUAUCAAGGCCUAUCCUGCCAGGACUGUGCUCCAGGCUACUCCCGCACAGGUGAAGGUCUCUACCUCGGCCAUUGUGAGUUAUGUGAAUGUAACGGCCAUUCUGACUCCUGCCACCCAGAGACUGGCAUCUGCACGAGCUGCCAGCACAACACCGCGGGUGAGCGUUGUGACCUGUGUGCACCAGGCUUCUUCGGAGAUGCCAGUGUUGGUACUCCAGAGGACUGCCAGCCCUGUGCCUGCCCCCAUACCAACCCAGAGAACCAAUUCUCCCCGACUUGUGAGAGUUUGGGCAACGGUGACUACCGGUGUACCGCAUGCCAGCCGGGUUACACUGGUCAGUACUGUGAGAGGUGUGAACGGGGAUAUGUCGGAGAUCCACAGAAUAGGGUCAGAUGCCAGCCUUAUAAUGCGGCUGCCUCUCUGGUGGUGAAGGUAUACCCUGAGAGGAUACAGGUGGCUCAGGGACACUCAGUUACGCUACGUUGUCAGGGCUCCGGACCUACCCCGCAUUAUUUUUACUGGACACGCGAAGACAGCCGCCCGAUCUCUGGCUCAGCCGAGAGACGCAGACAAGGAGAAGAGCUGCAUUUUGCCAGUGUGCAGCCCACCGACGCCGGCGUCUACAUCUGCACCUGCAGAAACCAGCUCUCCACCAACCGCAGCCGUGCUGAAAUCGUAAUAGCAUCUUCUCCAUCCAAACCAAUUGAAGUGUUUAUUGAGGAGCCUAAAUCCAGAAGAGUGAACCCAGGAGCUACAGUGAGCUUCAUCUGCACGGCCAAGAGCCAGUUCCCAGCGUACACACUGGUGUGGACACGACAGGGCAACCGUAAGCUGCCCGACCGCGCCAUGGACUUCAACGGCAUCCUGACUAUCCAGAACGUUCGACCCGAGGACGCCGGCGCGUACGUGUGCACCGGCUCUAACAUGUUCGCCAUGGACGAGGGCACGGCCGUCCUGUACAUCGCAGCUGGUGAGGGGGUGAAGCCCACAGUCUCCAUCUACCCAUCCACACUCACCGUCCAGCAGGGCAAACGAGCCGAGUUCCGCUGCAGCGCCACUGGCAGCCCGCGUCCCUCAGUGGAAUGGACAGGAAGCUCAGGUAGACGUAUCGGCAGUAAUGCUGUCAUCAGGGACGGUGUUCUUACGUUUCCCUCUGUGGACCGUUCUGUUGAGGGAGACUACACAUGCAGGGCCCUCAACAUCCAUGGAGAACAUGCUGCCCGUGUGGUUCUCUACGUCCAUAGUGCAUCUGCUGGAGAGUUGGUGAAGCCCACAGUCACAAUAAACCCACCCUCACUUACCGUCCAGAGGGGCCAACGAGCUGAGUUCCGCUGCACUGCUACUGGCAAACCAUCUCCAUCAGUGGAAUGGACAGGAAGCUCAGGUAGACGUAUCGGCAGUAAUGCUUUCAUCAGGGAAGGUGUUCUUACAUUCCCCUCUGUGGACCGAUCUGACGAGGGUGAAUACACCUGCAGGGCCCUGAACGCACACGGAGAACAUGCUGCUCGUGUGGUACUCUACGUCCACGGUACACCAAGUACAGGUGUCGAGGUGGGGAGGCUUUCGGUCACAAUCCAUCCACCUGUGGUCACUGUCAAGCAGGGUCAGCGUGCUGAAUUCCACUGUACCGCAACUGGCAACCCGACUCCUACAGUUGAAUGGACAGGUGGUACAGGCAACCGAAUCAGCAGCAAUGCCAUCAUCCAAGGCGGCGUUCUUACUUUCCCCUCUGUGGAGCGCUCUGACGAGGGCGACUACGUCUGCAGGGCCUUUAACACACAAGGACAACAUACAGCCCGGGCCAUUCUCUACGUGCACAGUGCCAGUCUACCUCACGUGCAGGUGAGCCCACAGCGGGUGGAGAUCUACGAGGGUGAGACAUUACAGCUCUACUGCAGAGCAGGUGGCAUGCCAAGCCCGACCCUGAGCUGGAAAAAGAGAGGUGGUACACUUCCUUCACAGGCCAUUUCCCCUCAUGGUUUUCAUCAGAUUAAAUCCAACAGUCUCGAUGCGUUGCACAGUCGUACCGAGGAGCUGCAGGCUCGGACGGAUCGUACUGACUACGGAACUUUGAUCAUCCCUAAUGUGAAGAUAGAGGACGCUGGCACAUAUCUGUGUAUUGGCACCAACGCUGAGGGCUCCUCUGAGGCUCGCAUUGAGGUCACUGUGUUGAAAGAAGACAGUGAUCUUACUAUCCAUUCCUCUGCCGGCUCUGUGGUGGAAGGUGGAACGCUUGAACUGAACUGCAAUGUCUUAGGAAACCCUUCCUCUCCAGUCACAUGGAGCAGAGCUGACGGCCGUCGUCUCUCUCACAGUCACCAGAUUAUCGGACGUCAGCUGCGUAUUCUCCGCGCGUCUCCGGAGGACUCAGGAGAGUACAUCUGUAGGGUGGAUGAAGGCCCAAAUAGCCGAGAAGCUUCCAUCUUUGUCACUGUAACCUCCGGGUCUGAACCCCCCGACACCACUGAUGUCACCAUCUACCCCUCAGCUGCAUCUGUGGUGAAGGGAAGUACUCUGGUACUGAACUGCAACAUCCCAGGACAAACUUCACCUUCUGUCCAAUGGAGCCGAGCCGACGGACGUUUACUCCCCUCCAAUCACCAGGUUAUUGGAACAGAGCUACACAUUCUGAGAGCCAUCCAGGAAGACGCUGGAGAAUACAUCUGUAGGGUGAACGAGGGCCCGAAGAUCUUCCAGGCAUCUAUUAUAGUCACUAUAACCCCUGAUUCCACCAACUUCAGCUCUUCUGCUGUCACCAUCUACCCCUCCGUUGGCACUGUGGUGGCUGGAGAUUCUCUGGAACUGAACUGCAAUGUACCAGGACACCUUCCUGUCUACUGGAGCAGAGCUGACGGACGUCCUCUUUCUUCCAAUCACCAGGUUAGAGGAACGCGGCUGCGUAUUGUGAAGGCAUCUCGGGAGGACUCGGGAGAAUACAUCUGUAGGGUACAAGAAGGCCCGAACAUUCACCAGGCAUCUGUGACCGUCUCAGUCUCUGAUCCUGGUUCCUCUGAUGUCACCAUCUACCCCUCCACUGGCACAGUGGUGGCAGGAGAUUCUCUGGAACUGAACUGCAAUGUACCAGCACACCUUCCAGUCUACUGGAGCAGAGCUGACGGACGUCCUCUUUCUUCCAAUCACCAGGUUACUGGAACACGGCUGCGUAUUUUGAAGGCAUCUCGGGAGGACUCGGGAGAAUACAUCUGCAGGGCACAAGAAGGCCCAAACAUUCACCAGGCAUCUGUGACCGUCUCAGUCUCUGAUCCUGGUUCCUCUGCUGUCACCAUCGACCCCUCCGUUGGCACUGUGGUGGCAGGAGAUUCUCUGGAACUGAACUGCAAUGUACCAGCACACCUUCCAGUCUACUGGAGCAGAGCUGACGGCCGUCCUCUUUCUUCCAAUCACCAGGUUAGAGGAACGCGGCUGCGUAUUGUGAAGGCAUCUCGGGAGGACACGGGAGAAUACAUCUGUAGGGUACGAGAAGGGCCGAACAUUCACCAGGCAACUGUGACCGUCUCAGUCUCUGAUCCUGGUUCCUCUGAUGUCACCAUCUAUCCCUCCGUUGGCACUGUGGUGGCAGGAGAUUCUCUGGAACUGAACUGCAAUGUACCAGGACACCUUCCAGUCUACUGGAGCAGAGCUGACGGCCGUCCUCUUUCUUCCAAUCACCAGGUUAGAGGAACAUGGCUGCGUAUUGUGAAGGCAUCUCGGGAGGACUCGGGAGAAUACAUCUGUAGGGUACAAGAAGGGCCGAACAUUCACCAGGCAUCUGUGACCGUCUCAGUCUCUGAUCCUGGUUCCUCUGCUGUCACCAUCUAUCCCUCCGUUGGCACUGUGGUGGCAGGAGAUUCUCUGGAACUGAACUGCAAUGUACCAGCACACCUUCCAGUCUACUGGAGCAGAGCUGACGGCCGUCCUCUUUCUUCCAAUCACCAGGUUACUGGAACACGGCUGCGUAUUUUGAAGGCAUCUCGGGAGGACUCGGGAGAAUACAUCUGCAGGGCACAAGAAGGCCCAAACAUUCACCAGGCAUCUGUGACCGUCUCAGUCUCUGACCCUGGUUCCUCUGCUGUCACCAUCUACCCCUCCGUUGGCACUGUGGGGGCAGGAGAUUCUCUGGAACUGAACUGCAAUGUACCAGCACACCUUCCAGUCUACUGGAGCAGAGCUGACGGCCGUCCUCUUUCUUCCAAUCACCAGGUUAGAGGAACACGGCUUCGUAUUGUGAAGGCAUCUCGGGAGGACUCAGGAGAAUACAUCUGUAGGGUACAAGAAGGGCCAAACAUUCACCAGGCGUCUGUGACCGUCUCAGUCUCUGAUCCUGGUUCCUCUGCUGUCACCAUCUACCCCUCUGUUGGCAUUGUGGUGGAGGGAGAGGCGCUGGAACUAAAAUGCAAUGUCCCAGGACACCUUUCAUCUUCUGUCCACUGGAGCAGAGCCGACAACCGUCAUCUCUCCUCCAAUCAUCAGGUUAUUGGAACACAGCUUCGUAUCCUGCGAGCAUCUCAGGAGGACUCUGGAAUAUACGUUUGUAGGGUUUAUGAAGGCUCGGACAUUCAUGAAGCAUCUGUGCCUGUCACUGUAACAUCCGAAUCUACCCAUGCUGGCUCCUCUGAUGUCAUCAUGUACCCCUCUGUUGGCCAUGUGGUGGAGGGAGAGAUGCUGGAACUGUAUUGCUACGUUCCUGGAAACCUUUCACCCUCUGUCGUCUGGAGCAGAGCCGACGGGCGUCCUCUUUCCUCCAAUCACCAGGAUCUGGGAACACGGCUGCGUAUUUUGAAAGCAUCUCAGGGUGAUUCAGGAGAAUACAUCUGUAGGGUGCAGAGCGGAACGAAAAUCCUCCAGGGAGCCGUGUCUGUCAUUGUCUCCGACCCAGAUUCCUCUAAAAUCAACAUUUACCCCAGUGUUGGUUCUGUGGUCGAGGGAGAGACACUGGAUCUAAACUGCAACGUCCCAUCACACCUUUCAUCGUCUGUCCAAUGGACUAGAGCUGAUGGACGUCCUCUGUCCUCCAAUCACCGGGUUAUUGGAACGCAGCUCCGUAUUCUGCAAGCGUCUCAGGCAGACUCUGGAGAUUACACCUGUAUGGUUUAUGAGGGGCAGAAUGUUCACAAAGCAUCCGUGCCUGUCACCAUAACCUCUCAGUCAAUCCGUCUCAGAGGUCCAAUUAUAUCCAUCGAGCCCCACAGUGCAGCAGUAAAGAAGGGCGAAUCGACUCGCUUCAGGUGCAGCGUACAUAGUGGAGCAAAGCCCAUCUUUCUGGAGUGGAAACAGGCCAAUAACCAACCUUUACCAGAUAACGUGAGGGUCAGUGAGGAUGGUUCAGUGAUUACCAUUACCGAUGCUCAGCCGAAGAACCAUGGAGCAUACCACUGUGUAGCCAGGAACAAGUUCGGAAUUACUGACAGCAUAGUGUCUUUGAUUGUCAGAGAAUCCCCCAGAGCCACAGUGACCCCCACAGGGCCAGUGCGGGUAAGAGUGGGCGACCCCAUUAACCUGGAAUGCCAGACAGCUGGAGAGCCCCAACCCUCCGUCACCUGGCACAAGCUUGAUAACAACCGCAAGAAUGUGUUAAUGAGUCCCGUGCCCAUGGAAUCCAACGCAGUCCUGCAGAUUUUGGUGGCAAGACCCGAGGACCAUGGCACAUAUGUUUGCACGGCUCAGAAUAACCAGGGCAAAACAGAGACCAAGGUGGACGUGAUUGUAGAAGGGGGACCUCAGGUGCCGACUGUGCCCAUUGCCAGUGUUAAAGAGCCUCUGAUUAUUGUAGAAGAGGGAGGCACUGCUACUCUGCACUGUGAUGCCCAUGGAUUCCCCAGGCCGACGAUCACUUGGUCUAAGCUUCGUUCUCCUCUUCCUUGGAGGCAUAAGAUAGCCAAUGGCAGUUUGAUUUUGCCCAACGUGGGACGCCAGGACUCAGGCCAGUACAUCUGCAACGCCACCAACCCCAUGGGCACCAGUGAAGCCACAGUCGCGCUGGAUGUUGAGACCCCGCCUUACACCUCCACAAUGCCUGACGAUGUGACGAUACGAGUAGGUGAGGUCAUCAGGCUUCAGUGUCUGGCACACGGCACGCCACCUCUGAGAUAUGAAUGGAGCAAGGUGGACGGCACAAUGCCUGGCCGCGCUGUGGUAAAGGGAGGAGACCUGCAGAUCAACCUGGCCGAACCCAGCGAUGCUGGUAACUACAGAUGUGUGGUCAGCAACAAAGUGGGCAGAAGCGAGGCCAUCGCUAGAGUUUCCGUCCGAUCACCCUUGUCGGUCCGAGUGUCCCCUCAGGUGGAGGUAAAGGCUCUGGGCAGUGCAGUGGAGUUUACAUGUUCAGCCAGUGGAGGACCAGAGAUUACACUGGAGUGGCUGAAGGAAGGAGGAGCACUUCCGUACAGUCAUCACAUCAAAGAUGGAGUUCUGAGGAUUGAAAACUUGGAAAAGAGCAACGAGGGCAUCUACAUCUGCAGAGCCACCACCUUGUUUGGCCAGGCCCAGGAUAGUGCCAAGCUCACCAUUCAAGCGCUGCCCAAGGUGAUGAUCAACGUGCGCACGUCCGUGCAGACGGUCAUGGUGGGCAAUGCAGUUGAGUUUGAAUGCCAGGCUGAGGGUGAGCCCAAGCCCACGGUGCACUGGAGCAAAGUCGACGGUUCGCUGCCCAGUCACGCACAGGUGAAGGGCGGUAUACUGAGGAUUCAUCGUGUGACCGAGGCUGAUGCUGGCCAGUACCGCUGCACUGCCACCAACGAUGUUGGCUCAGUUCAGUCCCAAGUGGUCCUUAACAUUCAAUCUGUGCCCCAGAUUAUAGGUCAGCCUGUGACAAAAGAAGUAAACGUUGGUUCCAAUGCAGUUUUCCCCUGCAAUGCUACUGGAUACCCUGUUCCAACCAUCACAUGGUCAAAGAAGGGGGGUGAGUUGCCACCAAAAUCUUCACAAGACGGCCAUGUGCUAACCGUGCCCGACGUCACUUUUGAAGAUGCUGGCGCAUACGUUUGUAAGGCAUCUAACAAGCACGGCAGUGUGCAGGCCGCCACCAAACUUCUAGUGCAUGAGCGAGUGAUGCCUUAUUUCAGCCAGGAGCCUCUGUCAUAUGUAAAGCUCCCCACCAUCAAAAACUCCUACAAAGAAUUUAAGAUCAAUAUCACAUUCAGACCGGACAACGGGGAUGGUCUGAUUUUGUAUUCGGGAAUGAUUCUCUAUAAUGGACAGAGGAGGACCAUGGGGGCUGAUUUCAUUUCUCUUGGACUGGUGGGCGGUCGCCCUGAGUUUAGGUUUGAUGUGGGCUCUGGCAUGGCUACUAUUCGCUUCCCCAAUGCAAUAAAGAUUGGUGAGUUUCACACAGUGCAGCUUUAUCGUAACGGCACUAAAGGAUCCAUCACUGUGGAUACAGAGGCUCCGAUCAACGGCACCUCCCAGGGUAAAUUCCAGGGUCUGGAUCUAAAUGAAGAGCUGUUUGUAGGAGGAUAUCCAAACUAUAGCAUGAUCUCCAAAACUGCUGAGCUCAGUACUGGCUUUGUGGGCUGUAUUAGUCAGUUGAUCAUCCAGGGUGAGGAAGUCAUCUUUAAGGAUCUGAGCAGAAGUUCUAUUGGUGUUACAAAGUGCCCCACCUGCAAGGAUCAACCAUGUCAGAACAAUGGAAGGUGUUCCGACUCUGUGGCCAGUUUGUACAAGUGCAGCUGUCCAAGAGGGUUCACAGGAAGCAACUGCCAGCACCUCUCCUCCCAGCACUGCCAUCCGGAGUCAUGUGGCCCUGACGGCACCUGUAUCAACCGGCCAAGUGGUGCGGGCUAUGACUGCCGCUGCCACCUCGGCAAAUAUGGACACAAAUGCAUGGAUGGCACCCUGGUGACGACGCCUCUGUUUGACGGCGAGAAGUCAUAUAUCACGUACCCGCCUCUCACCAACAUCCACAACGACCUGCGCAUCGAAGUAGAGUUCAAAUCCCUGACGGACAAUGGACUCAUGUUCUUUAGUGGAGGAAAGAAGAUGAAAGUGGAGGACUUUGUCUCGCUUUCCUUGGUGGAUGGGCAUCUGGAGUUCCGCUAUGAGCUUGGCACAGGCCAGGCAGUAUUGCGCAGUCAGAAGCGGGUGUCUGCGGGCCAGUGGCACCGUGUCAUAGCCGAGCGUCUGAAUCAGGAUGGCUCGCUGAAGGUCAACGAUGAACCGGAGAUCAAAGGUUUGUCUCCAGGCAAGGCCCAAGGUCUCAACAUCCACACGCCCAUGUACCUGGGUGGCGUGCCAUCUAUGGACAUCCUGCCCAAACCUGCCAACAUCAGCAUACUGUAUAAGGGGUGCAUUGGAGAGGUGUCUAUCAAUGGAAAGAAGGUGGAUCUGUCCUACAGCUUUACAGAGAGCGGGUCUAUUGGUCAGUGUGUGGACGACAGCCCGUGUGACCGCAGGCCGUGUCUGCAUGGUGGCACGUGCAUGCUCACUGCUGAAUACGAGUUCCAGUGCCUGUGCAGGGAUGGCUACGAGGGAGAACGCUGUGAGGUGAUAAGGGACACCUGUGUGUCAUCUAUUCAGUGUAGGAACGGUGGAAGUUGUGUAAAUGGACACUGUUUGUGUACUGCAGGAUACACGGGCGUCUUCUGCACAGAAGGGCAGAAAGCUGUUGGCACUGAGGCACUCUGGAGUAAGGAGGGCGGCGCGGUAAACGAUGCUCCAGGACAAUACGCAGCACAUUUCCGAGAUGGCUACCUCGUCCUUCCCAACUUCAUGUUCCCACACAUUGCUCCUAAUACGCCGGAGAUGAUUGAGCUAGAAAUAAACACACGAUCUGCAGAUGGCCUCAUUCUGUGGCAGGGAGUGGCACCGGGAGAGAAUGGAAAGGGCAAAGACUUUAUCAGCAUCAGCUUACAAAAUGGGCAGCCAGUGUUCAGUUACCAGCUGGGCAGUGGGGAGGCACAGAUCAUCUCCAGAGAGCGCGUUAACGAUGGAAACUGGCACAAGAUCAUUGCAGUCAGGACAGCUAGACUGGGACAAAUUCAGAUCAAUGACAGAGCACCUCAACACGGACAGUCCAAAGGAAAGAGCAUCAUGGCAGACACCAAAGGCAGUGUAUACCUAGGAGGAGCACCAAACAUGGAUGAACUUACUGGUGGGAAGUUCACCUCAGGCAUCACAGGCUGUGUGAGGAACCUGUCUCUGAUGAACGCUCGGCCAGGGGAGCAGCCAUCACGACCCAUCGACCUGCAACACUAUGCAGAGUCCGGUCUUAACGUACGGCGUUGUUCCUCAUAGGCCGUUCAUCAUAAAGACUAUGUGAAAAACUCAAGGAUCAUCAAAGUGUUUCCAGUGAAAGAGACAGUUCUCAGAUACCUACUGGACUGCAAAUGCAUUUUCACAUACACACAUAAGCAUACAGCGAAUGCGACAGGAAUCUCAUUCGCUGUGUACCAGACAGCCAUGUGUUUUUGCUUUCAUUUAACCUAGACACACACUAACAUAUUCUCUUGGUGCCUUAAUGCUGCCAAACACACACACACAUACACACACACACACCAAAUUCUGUACUUUAUACUGCAUUACACCAAAAACACUAAAUAGUAUUAACACAUCUUAAUUUUCUUGGAGUUAUGUAAUGAAGGACAACUAACAAAGGUUUACAUAGUCAUGCAGUAGCUUUUUUUAAGCCAUAAAAACAUAUAAUAAAAAAAAGAUGUAGUAGACCUUCAGAUCCUACAGCUGCAAGGAAAAGUCUGUGAAUGCUUUAGAAUUUACUGUAUUUCUGCAUAUAUUUGUUAUAAAACAUGACAAAAUUCUUCAUCUAAGUCAGGAUAGACAAAAAAGUAUGCCAAAACGAAGAACACACAAUUGUACUCGUCCAGGUUGGAAAAAGCAGCAAUAAUGUUUUUGUAAGUGCUGUUCAGACUUGUACAAUAGUAAAAAACAUAUUUUACACGAACAGCCCACUACAACUACAGCUGAUCUGGAUUCAGUCACUCCAACACAAAACGUUCUUCCACCAUCAUGCUUUACAGGGUUGACUUUGAUGUUGGUCUGUCACGUCCUUCUCCCACCCAACAGUUCUGUGUAUUUUUGCCAAAAUGCCUAACUUUCUAAGACCACUUAAUACAGUAGUAAAUUAUUUAAGGAUUGCAGGUUAUGAAACACAAAGUGUUGGUUUUCCAAACAUAAUGUUGUUUCUUUCUCCUAAAAGCCCAUCUUUUAUCCACAGACUGGUGUCCCAGAACCAUUACAGAGCAUCCAUAUAGUCUUUUGCAAACUUUUUCUUGCUGGGGUUGGAGAUGAUGUUUUUACAGCACUGAAUUUUUUAUUUAAAUGCAUAUAUAUAUGGAUCUUUAUUGAAUAUUUGUGAGGGAUGCAAAUUAACCCUAGCCUGUUUUUCUUAAGACUCUAGGUCCUCAAACUGUGUGUCUGAAACUUUGAGCUUUGUUUAAUACUUGAAGACUUUGCUGCCCUUCUUGUUUUCUUUUUAUCACUUCAAGGCUGUUUAGUAAUGCCUCCAACACAAUGACUGGGUUUCUGUACACUGGGAAGGUCCUAGCACCAAAUAAUGUCACAUCUCAGGUGAUGAUGAAGAGCUGAAAUAUUUUUGGGAGAAUUUUUGUAUCAGCAGUUUAUAUUUAAGACUAACCAGCAAACUUCAAACCUUUGUAUGUAUGGUGUAUAUGAAAACCUGAUGGUGCUAUGUACAUUUCAAGCACAUACUUACAUUUUUCUGCUUCUGCUUAUGACCUGCAUCAGUGUGUCUAAUGUAAUGUGUAUUGUAAGUAGCAAAAGCCACAAGUUUGCAAUAAAAGUAUUUUUGCUUAAUGCCAACCUAGA